AGACAAGUUUCUAGUGUUUCUGGCUGAGCCGAGAGUCAAGACGAUGAAGCAACUCCGGUACCAAAAUUGAAUUUCGGGUGGAGGAAAUAGAAGAGCUCUCAACAGAAAACAUGGGUCAUUCCAAACUUCAGCAAGAUCCACUGGUACGCACCGUCUCAAAUGACUGCCGUAUCUCUUAUCGUAUGGCAAAGUAGCUUCUUCGAAUCUUUUUCUUUGGCUGGCUUUUCUUCCCUUGUGACUUGGGUUUUUAACUGGUCAGGGCGACUGACAGGCGGUCCAGUACUUUAUCCAGUGGUUGGGAAUGUGUUCGACUUCCUUCGCAACAGCCACAGGUUUCUGGAGUGGUCGACAGAGUAUGUGAUCAACUCUCCCUCCAAUACUUUCACCACUGGGAGGUUUGGCAGCACUUUCAAAAUCACUGGCAAUCCCGCAACUGUGGAGCACAUCUUGAAGACCAACUUCGAGAAUUAUCCCAAGGGAGAACACCUGAGGCAGAGCCUGACCGACUUGCUGGGAGAUGGUAUUUUCAAUGUCGACGGGGAGCUGUGGAAGAUUCAGAGGAGACUUGCGAGCUUCGAGUUCACAACGAGGUCACUGAGGGAGUUCCUCAUGGAUUCCCUGGCGGACGAAGUUCACAGCCGGUUACUUCCAACUCUUGCCAGUGUUUCCCGGGACGGGAAGGAGAUCGACUUACAGGACUUGUUCAUGAGGUUUAACUUCGACAACAUUUGCAAGCUCUCUUUCGGUGUUGAUCCAGCGUGCUUGGAUCCAUCGUUUCCGGAUGUGAAGUUCGCGCAGGCAUUUGACAAGGCAACGACGCUUAGCACGCUGCGGUUCCAAAAGAUCCAUCCUCUGGUGUGGAAAUUAAUGCGAGCUCUCAACGUUGGACCGGAAAGAGAACUCAAGGAGGUGCUGGAUGUGGUGAACGAGUUUGCAGUGUCAGUGGUCCAGAAGCGGCGAGAAGAAAAAGGAAGGGUCAACCAGGACUUGCUCUCGAGGUUCAUUGGACUCGACUCGACGAGCUUCUCUGACGAGUUUUUGCGGGAUAUCAUCAUAAGUUUCGUGCUCGCCGGCAAGGACACAACAGCGGUGUCACUCUCGUGGUUCUUCUGGCUGCUCUCGAAUCAUCCAGGCGUUCAGCAGGAAAUCAUCAGGAAAGUCGGGAGUAUAGUCGCGAAAGGGUCAAACAGGCCAUUCACUUACAAAGAGCUUCGGGACAUGGUCUACUUGCAAGCAGCUCUGUGCGAAUCAAUGAGGCUCUAUCCCCCAGUGCCGAUUGACACAAAGGUCGUGAAGAACUCGGACGUUCUCCCGGAUGGUAAUUGUGUGGAGAAGGGGAUGAAGGUAUCGUAUCACGUCUACGCUAUUGGAAGGAUGGAGAGCUUGUGGGGGAAGGACUGCCUCGAGUUUAAGCCCGAGAGAUGGAUCCACGAUGGCCAGUUCGUCGAGGUGAGUCCAUUCAAGUUUCCGGUGUUUCAGGCCGGGCCGAGAGUGUGUCUGGGCAAAGAGAUGGCCAUGCUACAGAUGAAGUAUGUGGUGGCGGCUCUGGUACCAAAGUUUGAGCUUGUGGUGGUGGGAAAAGAAGAGCCUUGCUACGGUAUCAACAUGACGCUGAUCAUGAAAGAUGGACUUCCCGUUGUUCCCAAGCUUCGUUAGUCUGAGAUGUGGCGCCAAUAUUCCAGACAUGAAAACAUUUUCAAAGUUCAACAAACAGUCAAACAUACGGGGAGUCAACUGAAGGAAAGAAGUUUUGGAUAACUCAAUUCCAGAGUUCGUGAAUGAUGUGUACCAUUUUGGAAGCUGGUGAAUAACGCAAUGUUUGUUUAAGGGGAACUUGCCACUGAACCAAAAUUCACAACUUCAACACGUC